AUGGCGGCGCAAUUCACCGAAGAAAACGUACAGGAGCUCAAGUUCCGGCUCGAGGACGCCACCAUAAAAUGUUCCGAACGCUGUUUAUACCAGUCUGCCAAAUGGGCGGCUGAAAUGCUUGACGCCAUUGUACCGAUUGACCAAUAUGACACAGACCCCGAAUCGCCAAUGGACAUUCCCGAUACACCCUCGACUCGCCCAAACCCCUACCUCCGAACCCAAGAUCCUGUCGAAGCUUCUCUUGAAGCCCAGGAGUCCUACAAAUACCUCCUGGCAAAGUCCUACUUUGAUACGCGCGAGUACGAUCGCUGCGCAGCGGUGUUUCUGCCGCCUACGAUACCCCCCGUUGCGCUUUCUACGUCGUCGCCGAACCAAAAGAAGAGACAGUCGCUAACCCCACAGAAGGGCAAGCCGAAGCCAUCCCAGUAUGCAGGAGGGAAGGAUAGCAACGUGUCCAGGAAUCCAUAUCCCAGGUUGAGUCAGAAGUCAUUGUUCCUGGCGCUGUACGCCAAAUACCUAGCGGGAGAGAAACGGAAAGACGAGGAGACUGAGAUGGUGCUGGGACCGGCCGAUGGGGGUGCGACAGUUAAUCGAGAAUUACCGGAUCUUGCGCGAGGGCUAGAAGGAUGGCUAACAGAGCGUCGGGAGAAGGACAUGGAAGAUCGCAAUCAGGGAUGGCUAGAAUACCUCUACGGGGUCAUUCUUCUCAAAGGGCGGAACGAGGAGGAGGCCAAGAAGUGGCUCAUAAGGAGCGUUCACUUGAACCCAUUCCAUUGGGGUGCCUGGCAGGAGUUGAAUGACCUUCUCUCGAGCACAGAAGAUUUGAAACAAGUUGUCGACCUGCUCCCGCAGAACAUCAUGACACUUCUCUUCCACGUAUACUGUAGCCAAGAACUAUAUCAAGCCACUGAAGAUACGUAUCAAGCGCUCUCAGAGCUUGAAACAAUCUUUCCCAACAGCGCCUUUCUCAUGACCCAGAGAGCCCUCCUCUACUACCAUUCGAAAGACUUCGAAGAAGCAUCACGUAUAUUCACCGAGAUCUUGAUUGCAUCUCCUCACCGACUCGACAGCCUCGAUCAUUACUCCAAUAUACUAUACGUGAUGGGCGCGCGUCCCCAGCUCGCCUUCGUCGCCCAAGUUGCAACAGCAACAGACAAGUUCCGACCCGAAACCUGCUGCGUCGUCGGAAAUUACUACUCACUCAAGUCCGAACACGAAAAAGCCGUAAUGUACUUUCGUCGCGCCCUAACACUAGACCGUAAUUUCCUCUCAGCCUGGACCCUGAUGGGCCACGAAUACAUCGAGAUGAAGAACACGCACGCAGCGAUUGAAUCCUACCGCCGCGCCGUGGACGUCAACCGGAAAGACUACCGAGCCUGGUACGGCCUCGGCCAGGCAUACGAAGUCCUCGACAUGUCCUUCUACGCUUUGUUCUACUACCAACGUGCCGCCGCACUGCGACCGUACGACCCGAAAAUGUGGCAAGCCGUCGGAUCCUGCUACGCCAAAAUGGGCCGUGUUCCGCAGAGUAUCAAAGCCCUCAAACGCGCCCUCGUAGCCGGCUCCUACUACGCCGAAGACCCAUCCCAAAUGGGAGGCUCAGGCCGCAAGAUCCUCGACCCAGAAACCCUCCACCAAAUCGCAACACUCUACGAACGCCUCGGCGAUGAUGAAGAAGCAGCCGCCUACAUGGAACUCACCCUGCAGCAAGAAUCAGGACAAAUGCCGGUGGAAGAAGACGCGUCUUCCGACAACGAAAACGAUGAUGACCGGUCCGAGGCCGGAGCAAAACAAUCCUCACGCCGAGCCCAUCAAUCCUCGUCGUAUAACCAAAACGACGACGAUGAUGACUCUUGGCACGGUACAGGGCCGACAGUCACGACCUCGAAAGCGCGGUUGUGGCUCGCGCGGUGGGCUUUGCGAAAUGGUGAUCUCGAACGCGCAGAUCAGUUGGCAGGUGAACUGUGCCAGGAUGGAGUCGAGGUCGAGGAAGCAAAGGCGUUGAUGAGAGAUGUGAGGGCUAGAAGGGAAGGCGAUGAGUAG